AUGUUAAAAAUCAUUAAGUUGAGUUAGAUAGCAUUCAAUAGAAGAUCAACUUUAUUUUUAGGAGGGAUGACUUGCGUAAGUCUUUAUUAUGCAGGUUAUCAAAGGUUUAAGAAAGCAUAGUUUUCUUCUCUCUAUGAAAAUCUAGAAUUAAAAUAAGUAUUAGAAUUUAUUAAUUUAAGGAUUAUUAAUAAGAAUAUUUAAAGGGUCAUUCUAAUAUUGUAAGAGGAUUUUGGAAUAAGGUGAUUUAUUAUGGAAAAUUGUAAUUUAGAUUUCUAUAAUUGAUCUUAACUUUUACUCCUCUUAUAUUAUUUUUUCCUUUGGCCCUACUUUUCAAAUCAUGGUUGUAUAAGUAUUGGCUGAGAUUAUUAAUUAAGACAUUAGAGAUAGUAAGUUCUUAUUAUAUAAGGCUGGUCCAUUAUGGAUGAAAUUGGGAUAAUGGGCAAGUCAUAGAGGAGAUGUAUUUGGCUAUGAAGUUACUUAAGAGUUAAGUAAAUUAAGAGAUUCAGCUACACCUCAUAUCUACUAAUAUACAAAAAAAUCUUUUGAAGAAGAAUUCAAAUAAAAGAUUGAAGNAAUAUAAUAUAAUAUAAUAUAAUAAAAUAUAAAUUAAAAAAAAUAUGCAUAUUUAGAUUAAUUUAUUGUUGAAGAAAAAGAAUUAAAUAAAAUUGUAUAAAAAGAAAAGAUUUUCCCUAGUCUAAAAAUAAAAGAAAUCAAAAUUCUCUUUUUGUUUUAAUUAAAAUUUUUAAACUUCUUAAAGAACUUUAUAAUUAAUAUUUGA